AAAACUCUACAAGUAAUAUUUCCCAUCGAGUUACAUUCUUCAGGCAUCUCUUGGUGAUCACCUUUCGUUUGCGUAGAGGAGCUUGUUUAGUGCCAUAAAAGAAUUCUGAAUUGGGUUCCAUUGGUGUGUUGGGAUAAAUAGUAAGUUUCCUAUGCAUGGUGCGAUUUGGGGUGGAGUCUACUCGGUUCAGUUUGAGACUAAUUACACGGAUAGUACAGUGCAGGCUGUCUUGUGUGGGGAUUUUAUGCUUUCAGAUAUCCCUUGUUGGAAUGUUCCUCUUGUUCAGCAAGUUUUUACAGCUAGUGAUGCUCAUGAGAUUCUUCAGUGUGCUAUCUCCCCCAUUCAUUUCGAUGUUCUUAUUUGGAGUGGCCAUUCAUCAGGUACUUACUCUGCCCGUUCUGGAUAUAGAUGACUUGUUCGUCGUCAGGCACCAACAGUUCAAGCAUCCAGGCUUGGGUAUUUCUUUUGAGAUUACACACUUCCUCAGGUUCGUACGUUUGGAUAACGUGCUCCUCAUGAGACCUUACAAGUUGGUUGUUGUCUCACACACCUCGGUUCUAUUGGAGUUCAAUGUUGCUUAUGCGAUUCUCCGGAGGAAAUGAUAUCCCGUGCUUUAAGGGAUUGCUCGAUGAUCUCCCCAAUCUUGACAACGGCAUGAUUCAUCCGAGUGUCGGUUACUAUGAGUUUCUCAUCUUUUAGUGCAUGGUUAGAGAAUAUGAUGCUCAAAUUGACUGUUCAUCGAUUCAUUGUACUGUUGGUAUUGCUCUGGAGGAUAUGGCAUCGCCAGAAUUUGUUUCUUUUCCUCAUAAAGGUCAACUGUUACCAGGUCUUUCUAUUCAACGAUGGUAGAAACCUCCCGUGGGUACUUUCAAGAUUAACUGUUGGUUUAGUCCUGGAGGGUCAAGCUAUCCCAAUCUUGGAGACACACACAACUGGAAUCAUUGAAGCUUUGGCAAUUACUCGGGGAAUUCGACUAGCGGUGGAACUGGAGCUUUCAUCCGCCGUGAUCGAAAGCGAUUCAAUGAAUGUAGUGCAACAACUUCAAAAUCCAACCAAUGACCGAUCUACUCUCCGAUUCUACCUUCUUGAAGCACGACAGAUAUUGGAUGCUCAUCGUCACAUCUCAAUUCCGUUUACUAGGCGAGAGGCCAACAGUGCAGCACAUGCUCUAGCAAAUUACUCCACGACAUCAAUCCUGCCUCUAUUUUAGUUCUGUAAUUCCCAACUGGAUUCAUGUUGUUGUACAUGCUAACUCUGUGUUUACUUAAUGA